AGGAAAUAAAUAUAUUGACGAAAGGAAGAAUGGAUUCUUUGACCACUCUUUCUCCAUGUAAGCCGUCGUCGUUUUUGUCCUCGUCUUCGUCUUCACUCUUCUCCCUUUGCUCUGUUGGCCUCAAAAGCGUCAGUUACAAUGGGUCUCGCUCUCGUACUUGCGCUUCCAACAACUUCAAAUGUGACAUGGAUCAACCAGUGAAUAUUGGGAAUGGGAAGCCAGUGAUUCCUAUCCUUAAUGAAAGGACACUGCCCAAGUUUUUGGAUUCGGCUCGAUUGGAGACAACUGUUAACAGAAAUAGUGCUAAGAUCAAACUGUUUUCUGGGACUGCCAAUCCUGCACUUUCUCAGGAAAUUGCAUGGUACAUGGGCCUGGAGCUGGGGAAGAUCAACAUUAAGCGAUUUGCUGAUGGGGAAAUUUAUGUUCAGCUGCAAGAGAGUGUUAGAGGAUGUGAUGUAUAUUUAGUGCAACCAACAUGCCCUCCUGCAAAUGAGAAUCUGAUGGAGCUUCUCGUAAUGGUAGAUGCUUGCCGGAGAGCGUCGGCCAAAAAUAUCACUGUGGUGAUUCCUUAUUUUGGUUAUGCCCGAGCUGAUAGAAAGACCCAAGGGCGAGAAUCAAUAGCAGCCAAACUUGUUGCAAAUCUUAUCACUGAAGCUGGUGCAAAUCGUGUUCUUUCUUGUGACCUUCAUUCUGGGCAGUCCAUGGGCUACUUUGAUAUUCCAGUGGACCAUGUCUACUGCCAGCCUGUGAUUCUUGAUUAUCUUGCCAGCAAGAGAAUUUGUUCCACUGACUUGGUAGUGGUUUCACCUGAUGUUGGAGGAGUAGCAAGAGCACGUGCUUUUGCCAAAAAACUGUCAGAUGCACCUCUAGCCAUUGUGGAUAAAAGGAGACAUGGACACAACGUUGCAGAGGUAAUGAACCUUAUUGGUGAUGUAAAGGGAAAAGUUGCUGUUAUGGUGGAUGAUAUGAUUGACACUGCUGGAACGAUCGCAAAGGGUGCAGAACUGCUACACCAAGAGGGGGCAAGGGAAGUUUAUGCAUGCUGUACUCAUGCAGUUUUCAGCCCUCCUGCAAGAGAGAGGCUAUCAAGUGGCAUUUUCCAAGAAGUGAUAAUUACAAAUACACUUCCAGUGGCAGAGAACUACUUCCCUCAGCUGACGGUUCUUUCCGUGGCUAAUCUGUUGGGUGAAACCAUUUGGCGUGUGCACGGUGAUUGUUCCGUGAGUAGUAUUUUUCAGUGAAAUCGUAUAGGAAACAGUGGUAAAACUGGAUAAUGGACCACAGAUAGGAGUAGGUUUUAAAUCGAAAUCCGGUUUUUAGUCCAAAUGGGAUGGGGAAUCAUCACAAUCGGUCCUAUAUCUCAUUGAUUCUUGCUCUCUGCAUGUGCAUUGCAUAACUUAAGUCUCAUAGUUUUCUUUU